GGACUCAUGAAAUAAUAUGCUGAUUGCUACUAACCCAUGGUUAAUUGAUAAUGAACUCUUCAGAAAUGAUUUCUCUCUAUGAAAUUGAAAACACAUAAACAUCUGCAGAAACAAGGAAAGAGAACCUGGAACACCAAGGAAUGAAUCCAGGUUGUCAGUAUGCCUUUACACAAUCCAGGUUUUUCAGUUGCCCAAAUUUCCAAGGGAAGGAAACCUAGGCUAACUCCGAGAUUUAUGCUUUUCUGAUAGGCCAAUAUGAGUUGGGAGGAUUAUGGACUUGAAGUGAAGCUUCAAAUAACUUCAAUCAAAUGUCAAUUGACCCCAAUCAAAGUCUUUAGGAUGAAGAUACUCUUUUGGGGAAAGGGUCUGAGAUGAUCUCCGAUUUGAUUUAGAAGCCAAAUCCCACUGCAAACUGCUAUAAUCAGCGGUUCAAAGCAUGAGAUUUGAAUUCUAGGGAUUAUGAUGAAGGUUGAAAAAGGAACAACACAAACUAUUUUUGGGGUUUUGAUACCAAAAGGGUAAACGAAGAAACAUGUUAUGUAAGGCAACGAAAGAGGUGAUGGUAUAUACAAUGAAGGAGAAGAAAAACAAUUGAAGGUAGAAGACUAACGGAGACUGGGAACACCCAGCAGCGACUCCCAUUCAGGAAGCAGAAACUCUCAUUUUUUGGGAGUGUGAAAACCCUUGCACUUUGAACUUACAGGCUUGUUCACCUAAUUAAAUAUGGAAUUUAAGUCCCAAAUUUGGUGGUUUUAACAAUUUGAUUUAUGGAAAUAAUCAUUCCCAUUAAAAAGUGUUGUUUUACCAUUUGGGAUUUCUAAUUAGGGGUGUUCACGGUUGCUUCAGUUCAAUGUUUGAUCAUUUUCCCUAACAAACCAAUAUAAUCUUU